AGUUGAUUUAUUAUAAGUUUGUGGGUAAGAAAGUUUAUUGGUUCCAAGUUCUUACAGUCUUCUUCAACGAUCCGAUCCGAUCCGAAGUCCGAUCUUCUAGUUCAGAGUUCUUUCUGAGUGUUGAAAAUGUCUAGCUCUUACAACAGAAUCGUAUCCAGAAAAGAGAAACCCACAGCCACCCGACGUCGUCAUGGGUUGACUCAACAAAAGAAACAAGAGAUCAAAGAAGCUUUCGAGUUGUUUGACACGGAUGGUUCAGGCACCAUUGAUGCAAAGGAGCUAAAUGUUGCCAUGAGGGCCUUGGGUUUUGAAAUGACUGAAGAGCAAAUUAAUCAAAUGAUAGCUGAUGUUGAUAAAGAUGGGAGUGGAGGAAUAGAUUAUGAUGAAUUUGAGUACAUGAUGACAGCCAAGAUCGGCGAAAGGGACACUAAAGAAGAGCUCACAAAGGCAUUCAACAUAAUCGACUACGACAAAAAUGGGAAAAUAACAGGGGAAGACAUUCGAAAAAUUGCUAAGGAACUUGGGGAGAGCUUUACUGAAAGGGAGAUUCAAGAGAUGAUAGAAGAAGCUGAUCGCGAUCGCGAUGGAGAAGUUAAUAUGGAUGAUUUCACGAGGAUGAUGAGGAAAUCAUAUGGGUUUUAGAUAUAUGUGGAAAUUGAAGUUGAUAUUAUAACAAUAUCAAACCCGGGAUUAUGUUUUGUUUUCCUAUGUAUCCUUUAGUAAAUAGUUUAAGACAUAUUUUAUUGGUAUGCUAUCUAUUUUCUGUAUGUAAGAAAGAUCUUGGAAACUUAAUUUGUUUAUGUUUUUUUAUGAACUGAUUAUGGCAUAGAUGGAAGGGCAUGAACUUAAUAUCA